AUGGAUAAUGCCAACCUGUGGACUCGUCGAGCAAACUCCUCCAAACUGUCUUUGUCCAUGUCCGGAACCGACGGCAAGGACGGUGCCCGCGUCGAGAUGCCCCGCUCAUCCAAACGUUUCGGCCCAGACAGCUCCCACGGCCGUUCCAAUCCCUUUAACGCAGUAUCCCCAAUGUCGACAGGGGUCUCUUCCCCCUCCACCAAUGCCUCAUCCGCCUUCGGCCUAGGCUCGGGUGCAUUCGCCUCGUUUGGCACUCCCAAGUCAGAUGUGAAGACCCCCGGCGAGAAGCGCGAUGCUUCCGCAGAGCAGGAGGAGGCUAUGCGAGCCAAAACACUGGCCCAGGCUUCUAUGCCCGGGCCUGGGGAGCACCCGCUCAAGUCGACUUGGAUCGUUUGGUACCGCCCGCCCACACCCAAGUACUCGGACUAUGAGAAGUCGACGGUGCCGCUGGCGUCGAUAUCGUCGGUAGAGAGCUUCUGGGCUGUAUACUCGCAUCUCAAGCGGCCGUCGCUGCUGCCGACAGUAUCGGACUACCAUAUCUUCAAGAAGGGCAUUCGGCCUGUCUGGGAAGAUGAGGCGAAUAAGCGCGGCGGCAAGUGGAUUGUGCGACUGAAGAAAGGUGUGGCAGACCGGUACUGGGAAGAUCUAUUGCUGGCGAUGGUGGGUGACCAGUUUGCCGAGGCUGGGGAUGAAGUCUGCGGUGCCGUGCUGAGCGUGCGAGGUGGUGAGGAUGUGUUGAGUGUAUGGACACGGAUUGAUGGGGGGCGGAACAUCAAGAUCAGAGAAACUAUCAAGCGUCUGCUCGCCUUCCCGCUCGACACCAACAUCAUCUGGAAGAGUCACGAUGAUAGCAUCGCCCAGCGCUCCGCCAUUGAUCAAGCUCGUCACGAAAAAGCCACUUCCGCUAACCCCGGAACUCACUUGGGCUCUGAGCGGCGGCGUGCCGGCCAUGAUGAUUCAGAGAAGGCCUCAUAA